GCUCAGACACGCCUCCUCCCGGGACGAGGAGAGGGAGAGGGAGAUAAACCAUGGUCGCUCCAGAGGCAGACGUUGGACUGUGCAGCUCAGCGCUGCCGUCGUCUUCCAUCAGGCUGCUUCUCUCUUCUCCCUCCACAGAGAGCGAGUCGCUGAGCGCUGCCGCGUCUUCACAGCAUGUCGCAGGACAUCGGGAGGUAGAGAGGGAAUAAUCCGGGGGGGGGGGGGGAGGGGGGCAGCUCACCGCUCUUGAGCGAUGGUCCGCGAGCUUCUCUCUCUGCGUUCAGACCGACAGUCGUUUCUACACAGAGACCUGGGAGUGAUGGAGGGACGCAGCUCGUCAUGCUUCAGUCACAGCUUCAUAAAUCCUCUGGUGUCACCGUGUCCUGUGCGUGUCACCGCCGGCAGAGCCACCGUGGGGUAACGGAGCCCCUGGCUCCUCAUCACUCGCCGCUCGCUCGUGUCUGUUUACCUCUCCUCAUCCUCCCUCCCCUCUCUGCUUACGACAGAGCAGUCUGUUGUUCCAUCAGGCAGCUCGCUACAUGAGACGGUUCUCCUCACCGAGGCAGGAUGUUCCUUGACCAGGAUUGAUCCCCGUUCACCCCCUUUUCACGCUCCCCUUCCCUCCCCUCGAUCUCCUGCCCUCUGACCCCCACCCUGACCCGAUCCUCUUCCCCUCCUCUUUCUUUUCACCCCCUCGACCAUGUUGCCAUGCGUCUGCUGGCUCCAACCUAUCCUCAUCUUGUUGUCCUCUGUCUCAUGGACCCGGGGGGAAAACUGCCCAGCGACCUGCAUGUGCCCAGACCCUCACACCGUGGACUGCAGCGGCCGCGGACUGACCCGUCUACCCAACGAGAUCCCGCUGGACGUGCGCAGGCUUUUGCUUUCUGACAACUGGAUAGCCCGCAUCCCCUCGGACUUCCUGGUUCUGUACAGUGACUUGGUGUACCUGGACCUCCGGAACAACUCGCUCUCCCACAUAGAGCCGGGGACGCUCAGCACCUCCUCCCGGCUGGUGUUCCUGGAUCUGGGCAGCAACAAUCUGACUGAGAUCCCCAAGGGGACGUUCGGGGAGUCCCGCAGCCUGAUCAAACUCCGGCUGGGCAACAACCCGUACCUGAGCAUGGUGAGUGAGGAGGCGUUCCUGGGCCUCACCUCGCUCAGAGAACUGGAACUGGAGCGUAAUGCGCUGUCGACCCUCGACGUGGGGGCCCUGACCCAGCUGCCCUCGCUGCGGGUGGUGAGGCUGGAGGGCAACCCCUGGGUGUGCAACUGCAACUUUGCCAGCCUGUUCGCGUGGCUGAUGGAGAACAGCCACAAGCUUCCCAACGGAGUGGAAGGUAUGGAGUGUUCCCUCCCCAUGGACGGCCGGCGCGUCUCGCUGACCCAGCUGUCGCAGGACAGUUUCCGCGAGUGCCAGAACACGCUGACGCUGACGGACCUGCUCAUCAUCAUCUUCUCUGGCAUCUCCGUGUCCGUGGUGGCCAUCAUGACCAGCUUCUUCCUGGCUUCCACCGUUCACUGCUUCCAGCGCUGGAGCAAAGGCGCCAAAGGGGACGAGGAGGAGAGUGAGGAGUGAACAGGACCACUGACUCAGGGCCCGAGUGGGACGGUGGACCUCCACCAGUGAACCGCAGACAGUGUGAGCUACGUGUGAGGAGGUUCAUGCUGCUGCAGGUGAACAGGUCCUGGUGCGGUUGCACAUGGACUUCUGAAAUAUGGAAACAAAGGACAUUCCCGAGGAAUAAGCCAAAGUCCCGACAGGUGAGGCCCGGCUCCACUCUCCCGGUGUGAGAGCUCAGUAUUAGACACAGUCCGGCUGAAACCUUUUUAAUGAGAGUGAUAGAUUUUUAAAACAGACGUGUUGCUGCUGUGCUGUUGCGUUAGUCUUAAGCCAAUAACUGAAAUAACAUCGAACCACAUGAACGUCCAACUGUAACGUGACAUCAAACCUGAGUCGAGACGUUUCUCCACACGACCAGCGACCUCAGUAUCUACCUGCCUGUAACACGACGUAGUGACACAUCCUGUCAUUCAUCACGUCUCUUCUGGACAAACUCACUCACCCAGAUUCAGAGCAACGAGAAGGCGACGGUGUUGUAGCAGAAGGAUUCAGACUGUGAGGAGACGUCCGGUAGCUGAUGUGCUGUAGGCAGGUCGAGUAUAUUCAUGAUGUAAUCACAGAAGAAAACAAUGUACAAACCGAUAUAUCAAUCAAAGGAUGUACUGUAUGUUCCUUAGAUCGAUUACAGCGAACUGUGUAGAAAGAAACUCAUAAAAUAACUACAGUAUAAUCGUGAAAAUUAAGGCUUUAAAUGAUGGUAUUAAAAUAGAAUCUGUGUAGAACUCGUGUCAAACUAUGACGCACUUUAAAAACUCCUAAACACACAAUAUAUAAAUGUGUAACUGGUUCUGUCGUCUGCCAAAGAUCGGAGGUGUUGGAGAAGGAGUUGAAUAUAAGUUUUUUAUAGAGGUAGUGAAAGAUCCUGAAUAUCUGUACGCAUCACGUCACAGUUAUCGUUACAUAUUCUCACUUCAAAACAUAUAGUCGUCUGCUGGUUUGUUUCACGAGGAAUAAAUAAUAAUGUCUAUCGUAUUUGAGAUAUAAAGAACAUGUAGCCUACAUCAUGGUGAUUUUACUAAAGAUCUUCCAAUAUCUUCAUGUUUGCAUAACCAAACGUCUAACUGUAGAAACAGAACAGUCAGAUCUAAACAAAUAAAAAAGUGCCCCGAGUCUCAUGGGUUUCUGUUUGUCAUAUUUUAAUCCUCCAUGAUUAGUGAUUUUUUUUCCAUCCCUAAAGCUUCUGACUUUGCUUCUGGAAUAACUGGCUGAAGUUGAGAUAUGAAGCAGAAAGAAUAUCGAGUCUCUGAAUACAAAAAGAGCCGUGAACAAAAAGUGGUCAUUUCUGUGUUUAACAAAAGGAAACAAGUCGUAACUCUGAAGCACGUUCAGCAGAAACGACAAUAAAUCAAUAAAUCAAUGAAUGAGGCCUUAUUUGUUUUCAUAGUUUUUCAUUAGUAUCAAUAAAAGCACAAAGAUUUCACAGGAAGUAAAUCCUUGUUCACGUCACAUGUCCCAGUAAACUUCCAUUCAUCGCAUGUUGUGAUGAAAGAUUUCUACUGUACAGAUGUGAUGUGUUUAAAACAAGAUGGACACCUUUCACUAAGCCCCUCCCCUCAUCAGCAGCUGUCCAAUCACUGCUCAGUAACUGUAACUAAGGGCGUUGACAGGUUUCUACACUUUGACUCAUAAAGCAGCAUCCUAACAGAGAGGCACUGGAUUUCAUAUUGGACAUAAGUUCUUGUCUCUUUAGUUGAUACUUGGAACUCGACUCCAGAUGAAAGUUUAAAAUCAUGUAGUUUCCAGUUGGUGACGUGACGAGCAGGUUGAUCAGAGGAGUUUUAUACAUAUCAUUAUCAUUUCCAACUACUGUGUAGUUACUGUAUAUUAACAAAUGAUCAUGUUAGCUUAGCUGUUAGCUUGAGGCAUAUGUUAGCAUGACAUGUUCAUUUCGCUAAGUCAUUUAGUUUGGUACAUUAGAGCAUGCACGCUUCAGUUUCCUUCAGUAUACAGUUCAGAUUCAUGUCUAUUUUUCUAUUAAACCUUUCACAAUAAAGCGUUUGUUUAUUCUGUCAGUCCCCAAAGUAUUAUGGUUAUUAUUUUUGAACAGAGACACUACCGUUUUAUUUGUUGUUCUGUGUAUUGUCAGAUAAAUGUCAGAGCGACUCAGUUGUACAUGAAGUGACACGACAGUGUGAUGUUGCUGCUGCAGCUGAAUUCAUUUCCAAAUGUCAGACAGACAAUAAGUGUAUCUGUAUAUUGAUGUUUGGUAAAAGAUAAAAUGAAAAUAAAAACCUUUUUCUGUC